UUUUCAAGCUGCGACAGUAUUUCAGAAAAAUAUUCCGGAGCCUACUGACAUGACAGAUAAGAAAGUAAAACAUCCAAACACCGGAGAUAGUGCUGGCGACGCAGACAAAAUAUAUCCACAGUUGAAAGCGAUUGACGAUAACCUCAUGGAGAAGAUUAAGAAAACUGCCGCCACCGUUGGGGACUCAGCCGUUGAUGCACCAACUCGGUACCACACGGGAAUUCGCAUACCUUGUUGCCUUCUGACGUUUACGUCCACUUUCAAGCUGUAUCCGCUUCAUCUAUACCUGAGCUCAAGGCUGAUUACAUG